AGAUCGAUUUGGUUUCACAAGCUAAGCAAUGUCAAGCGGCUUUGACUUCAACAAAUUGUGCUCAACUUUUAGUGAGAUCUGCCCGGACUUUGGCGAAUCCCAUCAAACUGACAAAUCGGAGAGCCUGAACUUUGCUAAGAAAGUGCUCUUCGAACUUGGGCCCAAGAUGUGGCACAUUAAGCAGAGUGGAUCGGGCCAAAUGUGGCGCUUAAUCUUUAAUGAGGACACAAGCGUUUACAUCUACACCCACUCCUUCCAGCGCCCGGUCAAUGUUAAUCCGCAGCUGCGCGACAAGAAGCUCUAUCUAACCCUCAAGCAGGCUGGACUGUUGGCUGUCAGCAAACUGUGCUCCGGAAUGCUCGGUGAACAUGACCCAAGAAAUAAGGUGCUCUUGACACCAUUGGCUCGCGCCGUCUUUCUGCCAGAAAACAUUCCGGAAAUUGCCGUAGAGCUGACAGAGCUGCUGAAGCGCAGGGUGGACACCAACGAGGUGGUCAGGGCUGUUAUCAGCAGCUGCCAGACCGACGGCUUCCACUUGCAGCACAGCCAGUGCCACAUUGCGCUGGCCGCCCUUGAGGCGACGGUCCCUGAAGCCGCCCAGCGACAGAAGCUGCGCGAAAAGACCAGACGGCUCUAUGCCAAGCAUGGCAAGACUUAUGACGCGACUCAGUACGAUGUCUACGUGAAGUACUCCAAGCGAGAUGACAGAGCAGCAGAUGCAAGGCCCUCACAGCGAACUGCAGGCGAUCAAGGCCGGCCCAAAGGUGAGAGCAUAGACGCCGUCUUACGCAGCAUUGUCAAGUCUGCGGAUGAUCCUCUCAGCGGUGGCACACUGGACAUGAAAUAUGUGCAGCCUUCAAGCAGCAGCCAGGAAAGCGAAAUGGGUCCAUUCUGACGUCUAGAGCCUUUGGAAGACUUUGUGUUCUUGUACCAG